CCUCCCUUUUUCCUCUCUCCAAAUAAGAACCCAAACUUACGCCACAAUCAAAAACAACUUCGCAGCUUCCUUUUCCUCCCCACUCCCACCACUAUUAAAAAGUUACCGUCGCCACUGCGGUCGCCGCCACCACCACCACCAUCACUACCACCAUGCCUCUCGACCCUGCCACCGCUUCAACCACUGCAUCGCGGCCUGUGUCGCCUCUCCCUCAGCCGCACCAGCACUACCCUUCGCAGCAACAAACCCUUCCAAUUCGCGCCCCAGCGAAUCCUCUCUUGGCCAAACCCCACGACCCUCACUUCGCCUACCCGUUCGCGCCCAAAGGUGUUAGAGGCCUCGCUGCCGUCGACCACAGCGUCUCAGGUGGCGCGUUCGCGCCUCCGGCUAUGGUGUACGGCGGCGUUGUUCGCGGUAUGCACUUGGAUUACCUCAGUCACGCCUUGCACAUGGCCAGGCCACCGCCUCACGUGCCUUUUGGCCACGUGGGCAACGCUGCUGCCACACCCACUGCUUCGCCUCCCGUUAAAAAGGCUGCGUCUCGGUCUGCGGUUUCUGAUAUUAAUGGCGGUAAAGAUUCGAGUACCAGGGAAAAAAUCAGAGAGGAUACCUACAUUGUUGUUAGAGAUCGAAAAGUAAGAAUAACGGAGGAUGCUUCUCUAUAUGCACUUUGUAGAUCAUGGUUGCGAAAUGGUGUAAUUGAAGAAAGCCAGCCGCAACAAAAAGAUCUAAUUAAGGCACUUCCUAAACCAUUGCCUGCAUAUAUGGUGGCUGGUUAUAUGUCAAACAAGAAAGAAGAUGAAAAAAACGAAGAUGAGCAGGAAGAGAAUGAACAAUCUGUUGAGAACUUAUCACCACAAGAUUUAUUAAAGAGACACAUUAAACGGGCCAAAAAGGUUAAAUUGCGAUUAAGGGAAGAACGGUUACACCGUAUCACGAAGUACAGAAGUAGGCUUAGGCUUUUGCUUCCUGCAACUGAACAGUGUAGAAGUGACACGGCUGCUGGGAACUGACCUUGCUGACUAUAUAGACAUCAAGGCUAUUGCAGGACUCUAACAGGCCGAACUUGAUUCAAUAUUGUAUUUGUGGUUCACUGAAAACGUAUUCCUUACAGUAGCAAAUGUAUAAAACUAAUUGAAAAUGGACAGAUUUUUCAGCUUUUCUACACAAUUUCUACAUUGGUUGGUCUUUGACCAGGAAAUUUGCAAUAGUUAGAGAGGUUGAAUGAAUAGCGAUGACUCAGAAGUCACUGUCUGCUUAAACCACUGUUUAUUCUUGUGGGCUGAUAGGAUGAUCAACCUAGUAUGACUUAUCUGUAUCUCCUACGAAGAUUAUAAUGUAUUUUAUUUCGUGGAUCA